AAGAUGGGGAGGUACCAACGGAAGCUGGUGGGCCUCUGUGAGGAAGUGAAGAGAUGGAAAUCUAACGUCCCCAAGGUGUUCCUCUACGACUCCGGUCCGGAAUCAGCACCURGGCGACCCGGAGUAAAUGUGGUGKGGUCAUGCCCACAAUCAGGAAUAAGGGGRAGACCCCUCACUCYGCARGYACGGCUGGCGCAGGCAGCGCGAACGAGAAAUCAAGCCAGAGUCAACGCCAGCCAAGAACCUCCGAGGAGGGAGGCGGAGCCAGAAAAGAGAAAGGAGGUCGUGGAAGUAGAAGAUGAGGAUGAUGACGAUGAAGAGGAAGAGGACGAGAGGCUGCGUAGGGAGGAGGAUCAGAAAGCGGAGCAGCGGGCGAGGAAAAAGGGAACCAGGGGAGAGAUCGAGCCGGUCAUGCGCGACGGACCGCUCAAAAGGAAGAAAUACGCGGUCCGGUUGGAAGAAGGAUUUGACGUGGAAAAGGUGAUUGACCGGCUGUUAGAAGGGCAUAAUGACCUCAUGACCCUGAAGGAAAUCCUAGCGUCAGCCCCGCGACUCCGCGAUGAACUGAAGUGGAGGUUGUCGCGACGUUUGGUGCCCAAUGUCCAUCUGGGUACGAUUCUGCCCAAGGAAGCAGAGUGGUCAGAGUCAGGCACGAAGAUGGAYUGGAAAUGCGUAGCCUGCGGUACGGUGAAUUUGAUGGUGAAGGGUUCCAAGUGCGCAGCAGUGGUGGACACUGGGGCAGAGAUGAACAUUUUUCGGGAGGCAGACGCGAUCAGAUUCGGGCUAGAUAUAGACCGUUCUGACUGCGGUAUUCUGCAUGGAGCUAACUGUAAGGCCGUAUUUUGCGGGAUAGCCUCGAAUGUGCUCGUCGAGAUUGGAAAGGUAAAGGCCAGGGCAUGCUUCUUCAUAAUGCCAGAUGUGGACCAUGAAAUCCUCCUGGGGAGGUCAUUCCUAAGCAGGACAGAAACCGUAAUGUUUAACAAACAUGAUGGGACGCUAAUCCUCCUCUUAUGUGAUCCUGCCUGCGGGAAUUAUGAAAUAAUUACUUGCAGGAACACCGGGCCAAGGAGUAUAAAGAACCGGCCCAAUCCAGGAUCAUUCACAAUCGAGGAAUCGGAAGGGGAGCGCAGGAGACUCUGGGCAGAGCCCGAAGCAGGAGAGAGGGUGGAAGCCUUUUCCCUCAGCCUGUCAGAUAUUGGGAAGGUCAUGGAUUUAGUGGCCGUGCAUGAGAUGGCAGAUCCGGAUGCCRUCCAGGCUUUGAGGGAGCAAGUUCUGGAAUGCCCCGAGGCAGGAAGAUUGGAAUUGGUAUAUCGGCUCCCAAGCAGUGGAGGGAACCCCGCAUCAGCGCAAAUACAAUCCGAGCGAACGUUGAUGGUAGAGCUAAUGAAGAGGAAGCAUCGCACCUACGCGUUUAGUGACGAGGAGCGUGGAAGGAUAGAUGUAGACAAGAUACCUAUGAUCCGCAUACAUACCGUGCCACACGAGCCUUGGAACAUGAGAGGGGCGCGAUAUUCCAAUCCUGACGAGGAAAAGAAGGUGGUGGAUUAUCUCGAUGACAAGAUACGUACUCACGUCGCUGACUAUUCAAGUGGACCGUAUGCGUCUCCAUGGUUCUGCUUCAUUAUGCCUAACGGGACGCUGCGGUGGGUGCAGGAUUUGCAAAGACUGAAUGCAGUGACUGUGCGGGACGCUGGAGGGCUGCCGAAUGCAGACGCGCURUCGGAAUCCUGUGCUGGAAGGCCUAUAAUUUCGCUUAUAGACCUUUAUUCAGGAUACGAUCAGUUCCCAGUCUAYCCGCCGGAUAGGCCGGUGACGGCUAUGCAUACGCCACGAGGAUUAAUCCACAUGAACGUAGCCCCUCAAGGUUGGACCAAUGCGGUAGCGAUGGUCCAACGGGCCAUGAUUCGGGCCAUGCAGUCAGUCAGCCCCCAUAUUACACAGCCAUACAUUGAUGAUUUAGCAGUGAAGGGGCCAGUGGUGAAAGAGAGCGAUGAAGUCUCACCAGGGGUAAGGCGCUUUGUCUGGAAACACAUUCAAGACCUCGAAAAGGUCCUAAGCCUGCUCGAAGAGCAUAAUCUCACGGCAAGCGGGGCCAAAUCCAGACACUGCAUGAGGGAAGCGACUAUCUUAAGGUUCGUCUAUAGUAAGAGAGGCCGAAGGCCGGAUGUGAAGAAGACGGACAAGAUUACUGAGUGGCCAGUUCCGUUCCACUCAAUAACUGAUGUCAGGAGCUCCGUUGGUACGUGUGGAUUUUGGAGGGCCUUCGUCAAGAACUUUGGAGGGCCGCUAAGACUGAACACCUGAGGAAGUUAGUCCGUCAGGAUCAGGAAUGGGUAUGGGGUGAAGAACAAGAAGAGGUGGUGGCAAAAAUGAAAGAGGAAUUCCGAG